AGCAUGGCGGUCCCGGGCUGGGCGCAGAAUGGGAAGGUGCCAGAAGCAGGUUCCCUGGCCUCUACUCAGCCGGGGCUGGAGCUGGCCCCAGUCAGGCCCAGAAGCACAUGCUUCCCGCUCCUGUGGUCUCAUCCCCCCAGGAGCCGGAGGGAUUGGCUAGAUUGGUGAGGCUGGAAGCUUCUCCCAGAGGAGACACGUGGCAUGGUCAUGUAUCCUCCCCUUUACUUUGUGCUCCCUUUCCCCAGUAUUAGGAGGCACGAAUGGUCUAUGCUGGAGGCUGGCCUAACGCUAUAAAACUUGGGUCUUGUGUUGAUAUCAGUAUCACAAAAACUAUUAAAAUACAGUGCUGAUUGUACUUAAGAGCUUGAUCCUGCAAGAUGUGGAGCAGUCACAUAGCCCAUUGAAGUCAGGAUGAAUUGAGGGUGCUCAGCACCUAUGUAACAAUCUAUAAAACUCUUAUCAGAUACCCUUUAAUCUCCCAACAUGCACUUUAAUUAAUCAGAAAUGGAGAGUUAAAUAUAAAAUGUGAUUUGGGGAAGGAGCUUAGGCAUUUGAUUUUAAAUCCUUUUAGGAUCAAAAAUCAAAAAGUCAUGUGAUUUGUGAUACAUGGGGUCCCCAGUAUACAUCUCCCCCUUAUCCGCUGUUUCGGAUAUCCCUCUCUCCUCAAUAGGGGAACGUGUUCCAAUUACGUUGUUCCUGAUCCACAUAUCCAUCAUUUACACAGUUCGGGACCAGUGUGAAUUGGAACACGUUUCUCCAUUGUACAGUACAGUACUGUACUUGUGUCCACUGGUCACGUUCAAGGCUUAUUACCUACAGAGGACAUUCUCCGUGCUGAUUAAGGAGACGGCAGGUGAAGGAAAGUCAAGUGUAAAGGAGUUUUGGAAGUUCUACAACAUUUUGAAUGGCGUGGAAAACAUUGAUGCAUCGUGGGAAGAGGUCACAUCGCAAUGUAUGAACAGCAUUUGGCACCGUGCAUGGCCAGAUGCUGUCCACAGCUUCGUGGGAUUUGAUGCCGUUCCUUCUCUCGAGCAAGAAAUUGUCAAGUUGGUGAAGGAUAUCGGCUUCGAGGAGGAGGAUGUACAGGAGUUCUUAGAGUCUCACACUGAGCAACUGACAAAUGAGGAACUGUUUGAGCUGUAGUAACAAAGGAUAUCCAAAGAAAGCAAGGACGAUGAUGACAAUGACAUAGGGCAGGAAGCCAGGAGUCUGAUGACAAAGAAUCUCUCCCGUUUCUUUGGAUUGCUGGAUGAGAUGACGGAAAUCAUACAGAGUGGUGAUCCUUUUCGUGAACAGACUGCCAAAGUCUCCAGGGCUGUCAAUGAUGCAGUUGCUUGCUACAGGGAGAUCUAUCAUUCAAAGAAGCAUGCAGGAGAGCAAACAUUGAUAAAAUCUUUUUUUAAGACUGCCGCAACCAAAAAGCCAGUCAUGGAAAAGCCAGCCCAAGAAAACCCAGCCGCCACCCCUACCUAAGUUUAGCGUAAUUGACACUGUUUUAUACUGUAUUAUUGUACUGUAUUUACUGAAUUAAAAUGUUCUUUGUGUUUGAACGGUGUUAGUAGGUUUCUACAUUUUUUAUUCAAUGUUUUAUGUGUAAAACAUGUAGUGUAUAACCUGUCAUAAAAAGGUACACUGUUUAGGCGAAAAGAGCAUUGUCAUAGGCGAGUGUGGUGAAGUAGUGAACGCAUCCCCCCCCUUAUUUCAUUAUUUCUGAUGGGGGAAAAAUUCCCCGGUAUAUGUCGUUUCGGUAUCCACUGACCUUUUCAAGAAUGCGACCCCAAUGUAUGCAGGGGACUCCCUGUAUAGUAAUGAAUGUUUACUUAGGUCUGGGCUACACUAGCGGGGGGGGGGGGUGGA